GCAUGCCCAAACAGCACAUCCGCCAUCUUCUGUUUGUUGUGGAUCGCAUGUUUCAGGUUAAUUUUUCAAUUCGAAGAAUUGAACCUGAUGUUAACUUUCUCCGUUAAAAUUAAUUUGGAGAAUCCCUAAGAACGUAGUCCACCCUUCCACGAUUUUUUAAAAAACUAAAAUGGGGGCAUUUUUAGACAAGCCAAAGACAGAGAAACAUAAUGAAGGUGGUGUUGGUAAUAAUUUAAAAUAUGGUCUGAGUAGUAUGCAGGGCUGGCGAGUAGAAAUGGAAGAUGCACAUACUGCUGUAGUUAGCAUCCCACACAAUCAUCUUAAAGACUGGUCAUUUUUUGCUGUAUUUGAUGGUCAUGCUGGAGCAAGAGUGUCCGCAGUGUGUGCAGAAGAACUUUUAGAGGAGAUUACUCAAAAUGAAGACUUUCGUGGCAAACCUGACUUGACAGAUGGUACAGAGAUACAACCUUCCAUAGAAGAUGUAUUUGCAGGAAUUAAGAAGGGCUUCCUUAAUUUAGAUGAAAAAAUGAGAGCAAUGCCAGAGGUGGUUAGUGGCGAAGACAAAAGUGGAUCAACAGCAGUUUGCAGCAUUGUAUCUCCCAAACAUAUCUUCUUUGCCAACUGUGGAGAUUCUCGUGCAGUACUGUGCCGUAACGGUAAAUGUGCGUUUGCAACAACCGAUCACAAACCUGUGAACCCCAGAGAGAGGGAGCGAAUUCAAAAUGCUGGUGGGAGUGUCAUGAUCCAGAGAGUGAAUGGUUCAUUGGCUGUUUCUCGGGCGCUUGGAGACUUUGAAUACAAAAAUGUGGAAGGCAAGGGCCCGUGUGAGCAGCUUGUGUCACCGGAACCUGAGAUUUUUGUUGAGGAGCGCAAUCCAGAUGAUCAGUUUAUGGUGUUGGCGUGUGAUGGCAUUUGGGAUGUUAUGUCAAAUGAUGAACUCUGCGCAUUCAUAGAAUAUAAAAUGAAAUUAACUUCCAGUCUAGAAGAAGUGUGUAACCAAGUAGUGGAUACUUGUUUAAUCAAGGGCAGCAGAGAUAACAUGAGUAUUGUAUUAAUAGCUUUUGAAGGAGCACCGUCCAUAUCAGAAGAAGCUGUAAAGAAAGACAAAGAAAUUGAUGAAAAAAUAGAAUUAAAAGUUAAAGAAAUUCUUGACAGAGAGCCACAAGAAAAUCAUGACUUUAGUUAUGUAUUGCAUGCUGUUGCUGAGGAGUUACAUGAUCAUUUUCCCCCUGGUGGGGGGUUUCAUAGCAAAAAAUCUGUUAUUGAGAAUGUUUACCAUAAACUCAGACCUAAUGAAGAUCAAGAUGAUGAUCUUGCGUGAUUGGAUGGACAAGGAUGGUAGUAGGGCAGCCAGGCAAUCCAGAGAAAAGCAUUUGUGAAAUUCAAAAUAAAACAAAAUCCUGCUGGUGAUCUAUUUUCUCAUCUAUAUUUUGUACUAGAAGGCCCCAUCCAAAUUACUUUGUAUAUUCAGAGCUUAUUUCACUUGUUAGAUUUGUAAGUAAAAUAACAUGAGUAGAUGAUUUCAAGCUAUACAGAAAAUUUUGUACACAAUAGAAUGUAUCCCUUGUGUGCUACAACACGAGACGUACUGUUGCUUGUGUGCUACUGAACACUAAAUAAUAUAUUUUCAAUAUGUGUCCUUCUGACUCCUCAACAAACCCCCCCAUAUUGAGGUGAUCCAUAUUUCUUCAAAGAAAUAUAGAUAUACAACAAUGGGCCUCUGUAGCAGGAGAUAUAAGGGUCUUCAUACACAAGCAGUUGAUCAUUUCAGGAGAUAUUUUGUUUUUCAUAUUGUUUUAAAACAAUUAUAAAAGAUGUAGACAAAUUGAAUGAGUGAGCAUUUGUUAUGCAGAGUGGUUAUCAAGUCUGUACUGUGAAGCACAUUUUUUAGUUAGCACUGGGAGUAAUUGAUAUAUGUGAAACUGGCCAAAUUAUAUAUAUAUAUUUUACUUGUCUUAAAUAUAAUAAUGUAAUACAAGAACUUCUCUUCCAGAUGCUGGUGUUAUUGUAUUUCAUAUCUUUUAAAACAAAAUAGAAGUCUGUUUGUAAUGAAUACUAUUGAUUAUUGUAAUUUAAAAGAAAAUACCUGUCUUUUUCUAAAGAUGUGGGAAUCAAAUAGAACUAGUAAAGUUUUUUUCCGCUUAGAGUAGUCUUUUUUUUGUUUGUUUGUGUGUGUUGGGUUUGGUUAAUGAAAUAAUAGAGAAUUGCAUGUGAUAUUUUCAUUGAAGGUCUGCCUCUAGCUCCAUGCAUUAUUUCCUAGUUUGAAAGAAACAGCUCCUACAUGUAUACCAAUCAAAGCCAGGCUGAUGAGAGAGAUGUGAGCUGUCCACUGGUGUGUGUGAAUGACAGUUGCUAGGAUUGGUGACUUUCAAAUGUUAGUUUGUAGUCUCAUCCAGAUAUGUUUUAAGCAUAUAUGUAACAUUGAUAUAAAUAUAUAUAUAUAUAUAUAUAUAUAUAUAUAUAUAUAUAUAUAUAUAUAUAUAUAUAUAUAUAUAUAUACACUGAAAGAACUUGAUUGAACUCCUCUGUCUGCUGUAGAGUUAAUCAAUUAAAGGAGCAUGCCAUGCAAGUUGAUGACUUUUUUUUUCCUUUUUCUUUUUUCUUUUGCUCCUAUGUUAUUGUUUUGCUGUUGUUUAUUUUUAUUUUAUUUUUUUUUACUCUUAUUAUUUAUCAAAAGGUGUGAACAACAUUUAACUAUUUUGAUUUUUUUUUCUUAAAUAAUUAUUAUAUAAUUGGUUAAAAUUUGUUUUACUUUUAGACUGUCUUUAUAGUAUUUCAUUCACAUCAUAUUUGUAUCAUUGUAUUCAUUCCUUCAGUUGAUCAAACUUAAGUUUGAUUUUAUUAUAUUUUUUUUACACUUUAUUUUGAACCAUUUUUUGUUUGUUUAAAUUAAAUGGCAUCAAUAAAAAUGUAAACAUCUUUUAUUUAGUAUGUACUCAAAACAUUGGAGUUCUUAGAAGAAAAUAAGUUGAAUUAUGUGCUGAAAAUAGUCUUGUGCAUCUUUGGGGCAUUCAAAACCUUACACCUACACAUUACAUGAUUUUUUGGCAAGCCCAAAGCGAUUUUGUUGUUUACAAAUUGAUUUUUUGUUCUGGAAAAAAAAUACUAUCGAUGUGUAUGAUAAAUUUUGAAUUUUUUUCUUUUUAACUUGAAAAUUUAUAUUGUACAGAAAAAUGUUUCGAAUUAGUCGCAAUUUUUUUUUUGAAUGCAUGUUUGUGAAGAAAUCUUUGCCAAGUUAGCGAGCGAUGUCCUUGUGUGUCCAUUGUACAAGUUAGUGAAUGGUACAGUAUCUUUGUUUCUGCGUCCAGUAUACAAGUUAGUGAAUGGUAUCUUUGUUUCUGUGUCCAAAACGUAUGUCCCAAGUCAAUGAUGUUCUAUGUCCAUUGUAAAAGUUAGUGAGUUAUGUCAUUGUGUGUUAGUAACUACCUCAUGUUUGGUAGUGACAGACAAAAUGGGUGUUUAGCACUAAAAUAUAUUAAUAACAUACAUUGAAGGAUCUGUUUUGACAUUGUUUUCAUAAAUUUUGAGUGGUACCAGUUAUUUGCAGUUUAGUUUUUUCUAUUAUAAAUAUAUCAUAUAUUAUGUAAUGUUUCUUUUCGGGAGUGUAUUGGUUUUCUUAUUGUGAAAUUGUUUGUAAUGUCUGGCUCCUGGGCUAAGCUGAUAGAUAAAAUAACACACACAUACAAUAUGACCAUUGUUUUUUUAUCAUGUUUUUUUUUUUUCAGUGUUAUCUCUUUUUGCAUUGUUCAUAACAUUCAAAGCUAUUUAUUGAAAAAACAAAAAAUGCAUGCAAACCUAAUUGCAAGUAUUACAUCAUGUUGUUGUGUCAGUCCAAUGAGUUUCUUCUCCAUGCCAUUUCCUUUCUAGAGCAAUAAACUCACUUGUUCUAAUGAUCAUUGACAAACACUUCUGAGUUUUCUUUUGGAGAACAAAUAGUCUGUGUGUGUGUGUGUUUCAUUGGAAUGAAUGUUAUCAUCAGCCCAAUGUUCACCUCCUUAAGGCCAUAGAUUAUGUACAUGGGCUUUUUUUUGGUUCCUAUUUUCUUCUAUUGCUUUCAAAAUCCACAUUAACAAAAUCAUUUUCAAAAUACUUUUUUAAAAUACAUAUGCGGCACUGACUUUAGCUUUUGAUUAAUUAAAUUCAUGAAAGGCACUGUUGAUUAUUGUCAGCGCUUGUCUUGAAUAUGUGGGGCAGACACUUUGUAUCUUUGUCAGUGAUAAUUUAAUCAAGACUUUGAAAGUUUUUCUCUUAGUUUUUAGAUUGUCCAUAGUUAUUGGCUUAUGUAAUAAAAAUAAUGUAUACCAAACUAAAUGCUAUUUUCUUUAUGUGAUAUUUAUACAUAUAUAUAUUUCCUCAUACUGUUAUCAUGUCCCAUCAUUGAUUCAUUUAUUCUCAUUUACAUUAAUUUGAGUCAAAUGUCAACCAAAACAAAAUGGUGAUAGCCAGUCCUGUGAGCUAUUUAUCACAAUGUCUAUAAAAUUCCUUCUUUUUUAUAUAUAUAAACUUGAGAAGUAGACAUGUAUCAUUAGUUAAGCAGUAUCUUUUACUAAAAAUUUUUGUGCAUUGAGGAAUCUUCUAGCCUACACAAGAUUACUUUUAUCAUUUUUUUUAUGCUGUUGUACAGUUUAAAUUAUUAAAGCCAAAGCUUUGUAAUAAGCAUCAUCAUUUUGACAGGGACUCAAAAGAAUGAGAUGCUGUCCUAUUUUUCUGAAUUUUUAGACUCAUAAAUGAUCUUUAUUAUUUGGGAAAGACUAUUAACUCAAUUUGAACAAUAGUAAAGUCUUGCCUUGAAUGUUUUGAUACAAAAAAAAAAUGUUCUAGAAGUAAACAAAAGAAUGCAAAUAUUUGAUUGUACUAGAAUCAAGCUUACUAUAAUUAAGCUUCAGUAAAAGAUGUCUUGAAUUCCCCAGUUGUGUUAAGUGAAUGGUGUCCAUUAGAGGAGAGUGUUAGUUGUGUAAAUGCAAAGUCAGUGCACUAGAAAUGUUAGAAUCAGUUUCCUAUCAUAUCUGUUUAGUUCUAGAAUCUAUUGUUGGUUUGAAUGCUGGUUUCAAAUGGAAUAAGACAUCCUGUACAGUAUGUCAUUUAUUUUCUGUACAGCUUGUUUUAGAUUAAUAUUAGAAAAUUUCAGAUAUGAAUGUUUAAAAAAUGAUUGUCCACCAAUCAAGCUGCCAUUUGUUUUGCAAUCUGAUCAUUUUGUUUGUUGUCAUGAUAGAAAGUGUGUACAUUGUCCAAUACAAAACAUUUGUGCUUAUCAUUUUUUGACAAUGUGGAAUUGUAUUGAACUGUUGCAAAUGUAGAAUUAAACAUUUCUCAAAUUUUAA